CGUAGAAAUUCCUCUCUACUGUACGAGAUCCGGGAAGCAUUCAUCUAGAAAAUAAACUAUACCUAAACUUCACGAACAAGCAAUGGGUAGGACAGCGAAUUUUUUCAUAACUAUUGUUGGCUUUAUGUUUCUUCUUAAUAACGUUUCUUCGUGGGAAAGCAGUUAUGGAAGUAAAGGUGGAGGACGUGGAGGAGGCGGAUUUGGCGCGGCAGUAAGUUCUGGAGGUACUGCAGGAGGAAGUUGGGGAGGAGGUUUUGGUGGAAGUUUUGGAGGCCCUGGGGGCGGAACUAGUGGAUUUAAAACGUUUCGUUUAAAUGGGAGAAGAGGAGCGGGAAGAAGUUUCAGUAGUAGUGGGCACGGAGGUAGUUCAGGAAAACAUGGUGGAGGACCUGGUGGAUUUGCUACUGCGUUUUCGUUUGGAGGAGGAGACUGGGGUGGUGGUAGCUCUGGGGGAAGUGGCGUAAGUGGAAGAAGACUUGGUGGCUUUGGAGCAGGAGGUAGCCUGGGAGGAUUAGACUGGUUAAUACCUUUUGGAAGUCUUGGAGGUGGAGGUUGGAGUAGUGGAGGAUUUGGAGGUGGAGGAGGAGGCGGAUUUCAUUCAUUUGGGGGAAGUUCUGGUUCUGGUGGAGAUAACGGUUGGGUUGAAAGUUUCGACGACGGAACUGGAGGAUUUGUUACAGCAUUUACGUUUGGAGGAGCUGGGGGCGGUUCCAGAGGAGGGCACCAAAAAUCUUGUAGCACUUGUGGUGGAAGCCAUAGCUGGUAACAACGAAAGACUGGAACUCAGUACUCACGAAAUUUGAUGUUCAAACUUCUAAUGAAAACUUCUCUAUGGUUCAUUUUCGAUCUUUUGAAUCCAUUUUAGUCUUCUUUAUACUUCUAAAUGAUGCUAUUUUCACCUUGUACAUAUAUUAUCUAUUUAACUCGAUA